UCUGUGAAGAUGGAUCAUCAAAAUGAAAUAAAAAAAGCAUCCAUUUUCCUUCAACUCUUAGCCAAAUUUCAUGCUGGUUACUUCAGAAUCAGCAUGUCCCUUUGUGGGCAAGCCUUGUUAUGGAAGAUCCUCAAACAACCAAUUCAAAAUGAAAAUUCUCUUAGAAAAAUCCUUCGCUUGCUACCCAAUACAGCUUUCUUGUUGUUAUGGUCAAUAACUCUGUUCAUUUUAGCUUCCCUUUCUUUGAUUUACAUUCUAAGAUGUUUCUUCCAUUUCAAAUUGGUUAAAUCAGAGUUUUUACAUAGAGUGGGUGUAAAUUACCUCUUUGCACCAUGGAUUUCAUGGCUUCUUUUACUUCAAUCUUCACCAUUUAAAUCUCUAAUUCCCAAUCAAAUUCUCAUGUGGGCAUUUGUUAUUCCAAUAGUUGUACUGGAUGUGAAAAUUUAUGGUCAAUGGUUCACAAAAGGGAAGAGAUUUUUGUCCACUGUAGCAAACCCCACUAGCCAACUUUCAGUGAUCGGAAACUUGGCUGGAGCUCGGGCGGCGGCGGUGAUGGGGUGGAGGGAAAGUGCACUCUGUAUGUUCUCUCUUGGAAUGGCACAUUAUUUGGUACUUUUUGUGACACUUUAUCAAAGAUUAUCAGGAAGCGAUAGCCUUCCAGCCACUUUGAGGCCAGUUUUCUUCUUGUUCUUUGCAGCUCCAAGUAUGGCAAGCUUAGCUUGGAGUUCCAUUAAUGGAGGAUUUGAUGCAUUUUCAAAAAUGCUGUUUUUUCUCUCUGUUUUUCUGUUUGUGUCACUUGUUUCAAGGCCAGGGCUUUUUAGAAAAUCUAUGAGGAAAUUCAGUGUGGCAUGGUGGGCCUAUUCUUUCCCUCUCUCGGUUCUUGCUUUGGCUUGCAAUGAAUAUGCUAAAGAAGUUGAAGCUGAAGCUGCGCAUGUUUUUGCUCUUCUUUUGGCUCUUCUCUCUGUUUUGGUGUGUCUGUUUUUGAUGAUUGUUACAGUUUUAAGGAGUAAUUCAUUGAUUCCGGUGACCUCGCCGGAGAUCAGUUCCGACAGUAGCAGUGCCGAGCCAUGAGGGAUUCGAAUUUUUUACCUCUUCAUCGGGAAUAUAUGCAUGAUGUAAUCUUAUUCGUUGAUAUCUUUGUUGUUGUAUAAUCACUUAAAUUUACCGUAUAUUGAUGAUAUACAAAACAAUACUUACCCACUGUUGGGGCAA